GUCGAUCAACAGAGACAAGAUGUCAUUGAGUGAGUGCCUAGUUAUCGUGUUGGCACUGGUGGCAGCGGUGGUGUCAGAGCCAACCUUCCGCAGGAGGAGACGACCCAGCAUGUGCUACCCCAAGACACAAUACGUUACCGAGUACAAGACGGAGUACCAGGAUGUCCCGGUAUACACCACUGUGGUUCAGGAACAAAUUGUACCAACCACCCUGUACCAGACACAGUACCAGACCCAGUACCAAACCCAGUAUGAAACUAAGUACGUGCCCAAAUACGUGACUGAGACCAUGUACACCACCCAGCUCCAGUACGUGACUAGGUACCAGACUCAGUUCCAAACCCAGUACCAAACCCAGUACCUCACCUCGACCCAAUUCGUCCCCAGAUACGUGACGGAGACCCAGUACCAGACGCAGUACGUCACCCAGACCAGCUACCAGACCCAGUACAGCACUUCUUACUCGACUGCUUACGUCACCACAACCCAGGUACAAUACCAGACCGACUACCAGGUACAAGUGGUCCCACAGUACAUAACAGUCACACAGACCCAGCAGUCUUACAAGACCCAGUGUCCCAAGCCCUCAUCCUACUACUCAUACUGAAGAAGGUCUUCUCUGGAUACAG